AUGCCAAAUUCAAGUGCAACUAGUUCAGUUAUUAAUGUUAAUGUGAUUGCUGGUAGUGAUAGAGAUCUUUCCAAAACUGAGAUUUCAAAAUCAGAGACAAUUGAUAAAAGAGGGAGAAGAAGUUCACAAGCACCACUUCCCCCACCACCUGCACCAAUAGCGCCCCCAGUUGCAUCAAUACUUAGUAUCCCCUUGGAAAAAGUCCUACAAAGUACAUCUAUUUUCACAAAUUUACCAAAUGAUAUUGAAUUAUCUGAUGAUUCAGCUUCCGAUAUAGAAACCAUUAAUAAUGAUAGUUUUUCAACGUCUCCUUCAAAUGGAAGUGGUAGAUUAGUUAAUGACAGAUCCGAUGGUCCAACCGCAACCGAUAUUCAUAGGAAUGGAUCUAAUAAUAUACUUCCCAACUACUAUGAUGUGUCAUUAUAUAGUGAAUCGGUUGCUAAAUCAUCACCUAUCAAGGCUGAACAAUAUCGAAACUAUAACAAUAAUGCUUAUUCUGAAGAAUUAAAAAAUUCUCCAACCUUAAGUUCAUUUUAUGAAUUAAAAAAGAAAGAUCAUAAAACAUUAAGAAAGAAAACAUCAUCAACAUUAUCUACCGUCUUAUUUGAUAAUGCAAAGACAUUGAUUAACAAUAAUUUACCAGUCGUAUCUUCGGCAUCAUCAAUAGUUAGUGAAAAGAAAAAGAAAAUCAAACCUCAUAGACUGUCCGAGAAUCCAUUAAAGAAUGGUGGUAUAGCGAAGAAAUACUGGAUGAAUGAUUCAUUCGUUUCUGAUUGUUUGAAUUGUUUCAAACCGUUUACCGCAUUCAGAAGAAAACAUCAUUGUCGAUUCUGUGGUCAAAUCUUUUGUUCAGAUUGUACUUCAUUUGUUUCAUAUAAUCAACAUAAAGAUGAAAGAAAGAAUGCAUCACGGAAUAAAAUUACUAAAAAGACGUAUAAUGAUAGAUUAAGAGUUUGUAAACCAUGUCUUGAAGAUGUCAUAGUUUACUUAAGUGAUGAUUCCUCAAGCUCUUCAGAAUCAGAAGCCGAAAUCGAAGAAUCAGAAUCAGAUUCAGCAGUUUCUAAAGUCAGUGGUGAAGAAAGUAUAAUAGCCAAUCAUCCAUUAUCACGAAUAAGGUCUUUAUCGGUCAAUUCUAGAAGAGACAGUAUGACUAAUGAUGCAGUAUUAACUGCUAACAGGGGAUUUCUAAACAGAGAUCGUUCGUCAAUCAUUGAAUCGCCCAUUAGUAAUACCUCACCAUCAAGAAUAGAAUUAGGAUACCCUGAUGAAUCAAUUAAAGUUCAUCCCAAACAAGCUCCUCAAAUGGCUAUUCCAACUACAAGAGCUGGUGAAUCGGUUGAAAUUCCCGUAUCUAAAAGCUUUUAUAAUUCAAAUUUUAAGAACUCAGUCUAUAGAGGUUCAAACUAUGCUUUAGAUACCAUGAUGAUGAAUAAUGGUAGUUUUAAUACUCCAUUACACCGAAAUUGGUUAUCACAUCUUAGAUCGAGUAAUAUUUCAAAUCCUGAUUUACCCCGAGUAAACAGUAUUGAUAGUUUUAAUACCAUGUAUAAUUCAAUACUUGGUAGAAAACCUUCACAACCAAAAUUAAGACUCAAAACUAGUGAACAUGGAUUACAUAGGAAGCCGUCCGGUAAGAGUACUGUGCUGGUUGGAGAUACUCUUGACUAUAGAGUUGGUGGAAGUGAUGUUAAAUUUGAUCAUGAUGAUGAUGAUUUGAAAGAUUCUGAAAGUGAUGAUGAUGAUGAUAAUAGUGCCAAUGCUAGUGAAGAUGAAGGAGCCAUGUCGGCAUAUAUAUCCUUGAAUGAAGAAAAAUCAAAUAAAUCAAUUCCAAAUAGUUCCAUUGUGGUACCUACAUUAAGUGAAUUUCCUGAUUUUGCAUUUGGUAAUAAAUUCACUCUUCCAAAGGCACCACCGGCAUCAACCCUUCAAUUGAGUAAUAAUUUAAAUAGAGCUCAAGCAUCAAUGAUGAGAAUGAAAUCAAGAUCAAGAAGAAAAAGUAAACCACCAAGACAUUUACAUAUAGGUAAUACUAGUAUGAGAUUACCUAGUAUUGAAAGUAUGAAUCAAGGUAGAGCCCCUGGUGUAUUAUUUGCUCCAGCAUCCCCAAUUCCAGAGAAGUUGAAUUCACCAUUUUCAAAUCAAUCGAAUUUAACAAAGGGACUUGCUAGAGAUAGAGGCGAUACAUCCCUGCCUAUGUCAGCUAAUUUAGAAUCAGAAAAUUCGAUUAGAGAUAGUGGAGUAGUUGAUAUUUCUAUGUCGAUUAAUAAUCUGGAUAAUGAAAUAAUGUCCAAGAUUGAUUCUUCGCCAAUUGAUGAUCUGAUUAUCGAAGGAGCAAAUGAUUCAACUUUUGAUCAUAUGUAUCAUCAUUUACCUUCCAAAGAAGAAGUGUUUUUGGAUUUAUUUGAUGCUAUUAUUGCUCAAACUAUGGAGACAAGAGGUAUAGUUGAAAAUCAAGAUAAAUGGAAGCAUGUUAUUAAAAAUGUAUUAGAUUAUGUUAAUUAUUUAAAAUUAACUGAUACAUUAGAUAUCAAACAAUAUGUCAAGAUAAAGAAGAUACUUGGAGGAAGAAUUUCGGAUACAAAAUUCAUGGAUGGGUUAUUUAUGACCAAAAAUAUAGAUUCUAAAAAGAUGCCAUCUACCAUUAAUAAUCCAAAGAUUGCAUUACUUACGUUCCCAUUAGAAUAUUUGAAACUGAAACAACAAUUCAUUAGUCUUCGAAUUAUUCAUUCUCAACAGAAUGUUUAUAUAACUAAUCUAGUAUCUCGAUUAAUUUCAUUAGAACCUGAUGUCAUUGUCGUUGGUGAUAGUGUAUGUGGAUUAGCCGAAAGUUUAUUAGCUGAAGCUGGUAUUACAGUUAUAUCAAAUUGUAAACCACAAGUUAUUGAACGUUUAUCAAGAUAUACUAAAGCUGAAGUUUUCCAAACUGUUAAUGAUUUAUCAUUUAAGAAGGGAACUUUAGGUAGUUGUCAGAAAUUUGAAGUUAAAAAAUUUAUGUUUGAGAAUAAGGUUAAAUCAUUUAUAUUUUUCACCGGUACAGACAUGCAAUCAGGUUUCACAAUUCAAUUAAGAGGAGGUGAUGAUACUUUAUUAACGUCAAUUAAAUAUGUGUUUGAAACUUUAUUACCAGGAUAUUUAAAUGCUAAGUUUGAGAAAAGUUUAAUGGAUGAUGAAAUGAGUUCAUUUUCAGGUAUAACGACCAAUCAUAAGAUUUUAGAAUUUAAAUCAAUUCUAGAUGAGAUUGCUAAUGAUACUGAGAUUGACAAAGAACAAGAAAAUAAUGCUUGUGAAUUUGGAUUAGAAAUUAUUGAUGUUCAAAAUUCUUUUGCUUUAUUCAAUCAUCGAAAAUUAAGUCUUUCACCGGCUUCAAGUUUUAGUUUACCAACUCCAUUAUCGAAUAUAAUUGAAUCAUACUAUAAAUUCCAUAAAUUUUUCAAAAAGAAUCAAUUAAUUCAAACCACAGAUAAUAUCGAUCAUAUUGAUCCAUUAUGGUUAGAUGAUUUAAAAGUUAAUUUCAGUUUAGAUUUAUUACCAAAUCGUGAACAAGAUUUACUUUCAAAUUUAAGAUUUGCAAGUGAAAGUAUCUUAAAAUCAUUAAUUUCCGAAUAUCAUUCCAAAGCUCGUAUAUGGACUAAUUACAUGAGAUAUUUCCCAGCUUUAUUAGAACCAAGUAAAGGGAUUGAUGUAUUACGAUCAACUGUCUCUAUCAAACAUGCUACACCGUGUGCUGGACCUGAUAUUGUUGCUAUUCCAUAUUAUGCGGAUAAAGAUUCAUGUUUAGGAUCAUUCAUAGAUCAGAUCUUUCAUGAAUCGAUUACAGAAUGUGAUGAAUGUGGAGAAAGUCAUUUAGAUCAUUAUAAAACGUUUGUUCAUGGAGGUGCCAAAUUAGAUUUUAUUUUGGAGAAAUUUGAAGGUAUUACCAAUCAACAAGAUUUCCAAGGUAAGAAUCAACGAGUUAUGUGGAGUUAUUGUAAAGAAUGUAAAUAUACUACACCUAUUGUGGCCAUGAAUGAUAAUACCUAUUAUUAUUCGAUUGGGAAAUUUCUUGAAUUAUCAUUUUAUGGAGAGAAUGUUAUCCCUACGAAUCCUAAUUGUAAUCAUGAUUUUUAUAUUAAUCAUGUUCGAUGUUUUGGAUUUAAUGAUUUAGUGAUUCGAAUUGAAUAUUCCAAGAUUGAUACGUUUGAAGUUAUCCCACCUAAGAAACAAUUAGAAUUCAUUGCUGAUGUUGAUAUUAAAUUAAAAAUUGAAUCAUAUAAUUUCAUUAAGACUCGAACUGAUAAAUUUUUUGAAAGUGUUUCCAAAAGAUUAAAUAGAGUUAAGAUUGAUAUUUUUGAUAAGGGAGAAGAUGGAAUUAAAGUGAUUGAAGAUUUUAAAAUUAAAUUAGAGGAUCAAAUCUCCAAUAUUAAAGAAAAAACCUUACAUAUAUAUAAUUCAUCAUCCCCUACUAGUCAUUUAGGAUUGAAUAUUAUUUUAAGAGAAUUACAACAAUUAGGGGUAUCAUGGGAUACUGAAUUUAAUGAUUUUGAACAUAAAUUUUUACCUACUGAAAAUGAAAUUACUAAGAUGACUCAAUUCCAUUUACGAAAUUUAUUAGAUAAAUAUAGUCAUGAUUAUAAUAAUAAAGAGAGUGAGAAAUCGAAGGAAAAAGAAAAAGAUCAAGAUAAUGAAGAUGGAGGUGACGAUGAAAAGGUGAAACUUAAAGAAGGUGAAGAAGGAACCAAGUCCAAUGAUCAACCUCAAUCUGACUCUCAACCUAAAUCUCAACAACAACAAUUAUUGGUUAAACCUGAUGAGAAUUCAAUUAAUAAUCAAUUACGUCAUGGAAGAGAUAAUAAUAAUAUCUGGGAUAAAGUUAAUAAAUUUGAAGAAUUAUUAGAUUUACAACGAAAGACAUCGACGAAUUCUACCAAUAGUGGGAAUGCCACUCCAUCGAAUGUACCAGGAACAUCAUCCACACUGACGAAUCCCCCCACCAAUUUCAGAAGAUCUUCUUUAUCAAGAAAAGAAUCAGAUGUAUCUCUUAAUGCGUUAGUUAAUGGUCCACCUAAUAAAGUAAGUCAUUUGGCUAAUUAUUUUAAUAAUUUGAAUUUAGAUCAAAUUUCGAUGGAAUUUAAAAAACAGAGAGAACAAGAAUUAGAGAAGAUGUCGAAUAAAUUCAAAGCUCGUAAUAUUGUGGAAUCAAAACCUAUUGUGGAGAUUUAUAAUAAGAUUGAAGAUGUGGUUGAUAAAGAUAUAAGUUCAGUUCCACCUACUACUACACCUGCCACUACACUUGGUAGUACCAAAAAUACAUCUACUAAUACUACUAAUACCACUACCCCAAAGAUUGAAAUUCCUCAACCUGAAAAAGUAUCAAUUUUAAAAUCCUUAACUAAUUUCUGGGCGGAUAGAUCAGCUACAUUAUGGGAUCCAUUAGAGUAUCCUUUAGAUUCACAUGAACAUACAUUUGCUGAUUCUUUGAUUAUUGUUAGAGAAGAUGAACCAUCGUCGUUAGUGGCGUUUUGUUUAUCAUCUAAUGAUUAUAAGACUAAGAUUCAAGCUGUUAUGGAUCAAGCUGAAGAAGAAGGUGAUGGAGAAGGUGAUGAAGAUGAUAUUAAUAUUAAUGAUAUUAAAAAGAAGAUGAAUUUCCUUAAAUUGGAGAAAAAAUAUAAGAAAUCAUCCAAUGGAAGUUCUAAAACCAAUAUACUUGAACGAAUCAUGAUUAAGAAUAAAACCAAUCAUUUAAAAUAUCAAUUUAAUGUGGGAGGGAAUAUGAAUUUAUCAUGUAAGAUAUUCUAUAGUGAACAAUUUGAAGCAUUGAGGAAAUCAUGUGGAGUAGAUGAGAAUUUCAUUCAAAGUUUAAGUCGAUGUAUUAAAUGGCAAAGUAAUGGAGGUAAGAGUGGAAGUAAUUUUCUUAAGACGUUGGAUAAUCGAUAUAUUGUGAAAGAAUUGAGUAAAUCUGAAUUAGAAUCGUUUGUAUCGAUUGCGCCAUUUUAUUUCAAAUAUAUUUCUCAAUCAGUUUUUAAUACUUUAACGACGGCAAUUGCUAAGAUAUUUGGAUUUUAUCAGAUUGAAAUCCGAAGUAUUAAGAAUGGAAUUAAUCAAAAGAUAUUUAAGAUGGAUUUUUUAAUUAUGGAGAAUUUAUUUUAUAAUCAUCAAACGACAAGAAUAUUUGAUUUAAAGGGGAGUAUGAGAAAUCGUCAUGUUCAACAAACUGGGAAAGAAAAUGAAGUAUUAUUGGAUGAGAAUAUGAUUGAUUAUAUCUAUGAAUCGCCUAUAUUUGUUAAGGAACAACUGAAGAAAUUAUUGAAAGGGUCCUUAAGUAAUGAUACUAGUUUUCUAUCAGCUAUGGAUGUAAUGGAUUAUUCGUUGGUGAUUGGGAUCAAUGAUCAAACGAAGAAGAUAUAUGUCGGUAUUAUUGAUUGGUUACGAACAUUUACGUGGGAUAAAAGAGUGGAGAAUUGGGUUAAGGGGAAUAAUUUAAUGAUUGGAGGGAAAACUCUUAAAAAGGAUCCUACUAUUGUUACCCCUAAGCAAUAUCGAAUUAGAUUUAGAGAAGCUAUGGAUCGGUAUAUAUUGGAAGUACCUGAUAUAUGGUAUAAGGGAGAGGAGAGGAGUUCAAUCAAUUAAUUAACCAAUCAAUUUAUUGAUUGGUUGAUUGAUUAGUAGAGUCAAUCAUUUAAAAAGUACAUAUAUAUCAUAUCAUAUAAUAUACAUUAUAAUUAUAAUUAUUUAUAUUUAUUUAUAUUUAUAC